UAUCAACAAUAAGACUGCUUUCUCACGCAGUUUGCUGUGUUGAAUAAAUUUCAAGUUUCAUAAAUAAAAAAAAUUCAGUAAAGAAGCUUUCAGGACUAAUUCUUUCAAACUUUGUUAGUUUUACAUUAUGUGUGGUAAUUGGAAUUCUUGAUAACUAAUUGCUGAUUCUUAGUAGAAUCUAGAGGCAAUUAAGAUAGUGGAGGUGAAAAGAAUUUCCUAACUCAUUCGGCAGAAAGAUGAGCUGGCUGCUGUUUCUACUCCUUAUUGUUUUGGAUUUCUACUAUUCGCCAGUAUUGGCUACGGUAUCAGUGUCGCCAAUUAUUGAUCCGAGAAAUUUGAAUAUUGGAAAAAGUGAAAAGUUCAACAGAAUAUCUCUGAGUGACAGAGAAUCAUGCUGCAGUUUUCAAGAUCUGAUAAAUGGGCCGUCAUCUGCCAAUUUGGACAAACUGCGGAGUAUUAUGGCGCAGCGCAAUGUUAGCGCAUACAUUAUCUCCAAUUCAGAUGAUCAUCAGAGUGAAUACUUGGCAACAGCUGACCGACGCCUGGCUUUCCUGACUGGGUUUACGGGCAGCAACGCAGAGGCUGUGGUGACGCUGCAGAAGGCUGCACUCUGGACCGACAGCCGCUAUCACAUCCAAGCUGACAGUCAGAUCGACUGCAACUGGCUGCUCAUGAAGGAUGGCAAUGACGGCACUCCAACCAUCGAGCAAUGGCUUGCUGCUGAACUGAAGCCUUUGGAUAAUGUAUCAGCAGAUCCUCGGAUACUUUCUGCCGGCGAAUGGAAGCGUUUGAGUUCUUAUCUAGCUCAUUACCAGAUCAACAUGCUUGGAUUAACUGACAACCUGGUCGAUAUAUUUUGGGAAGAUAGACCUGCUCGUUCCAACUCGUCUUUAAUCAUCCACGAUAUUCGAUUUGCAGGUGAAUCAUGGCAGUCAAAACUAGCAAGAAUACGUGGAAUAAUGUCGAGUCUGUACAUAGACACACUGAUUGUGACAGCUUUGGACGAGAUAGCAUGGGCUUUGAAUCUGAGAGGAGAUGAUAUUCCUUACACUCCAGUUUUCAGAUCCUACUUGAUCAUAAACAACUCAUCAGCCACUUUGUAUCUGCCUUUUGAAAGGAUUACUCCGGAACUGCGCAGUCAUCUUUACUCCGCUGAUGAUAAUGUUUUAGUUGUUCCAUACGAGCGAGUCUGGUACGAUUUGGCAUUGAAAACUAAAUUAUCCUACAGGGUUUGGCUACCAUCUAGAAUGGGAUCUUCUAAAGGAGUCAGCUACCUCAUUUAUUUACUGGUUCCUGAGGAGAAAUUGUACUAUGCACCUUCCCCGAUUAUCAAUUUGCGAGCGAUCAAAAACGACGUUGAAGCCCAAGGAAUGCAAAAUGCACACAUAAGAGAUGCCAUUGCCAUUUGCUACCUGUGGGCGUUGAUGGAAGAAGGGAUGCCAAUUGGUGAGAAAUGGGAUGAGCUGAAAGUGGCCAAAGUUCUUGAGAGACUGCGAUUGCAACAGGAUUUGAAUCGAGGACCAAGUUUUGCGUCGAUCAUUGCAUUCGGGAGCAACGCAGCUCUUCCCCAUUACAUCCCCACUCCUUCUACCACACGCAAAAUCGAUGACUCUAAUGUACUCAUGAUUGACUCAGGCGGACAGUAUCUAGACGGCACAAUCGACACGACAAGAACAAUUCACUUUGGGAAGCCGACCGAGUUCCAGAAAGUGGUCUACACGGCGCUGCUGAAGGGCUGCAUCGAUAUGGCUUCCAUCCACUUCCCGCGAGGCUCCACCUACCAGCAGAUGGACAUCAUCAUCAGGCGGCCGCUCUACGAGCUCGGCCUAGAUUACGGCCACGGCAGCGGACAUGGUGUCGGCUUCCAUUUGGCUGUACAUGAAGGUUUCAACUACACUUAUGAUGUGAAUUUCUUCGGCACACAUGAGCCAGGAUACUAUCAAGCUGAUGAAUUCGGAAUGCGUUUGGAGAAUGUAGUUCAAGUGGUAGAAGUCGAAAAUCAUUUGCCGAACCAAAGGAAAAACUUCCUCACAUUCAAACCAAUAACACUCGUGCCUUAUGAGACGAAAUUGAUAGAUUUCAAGCAAAUGGAGAAACGUCAGAUAAGGUGGCUGAAUGCCUACAAUAAAAGGAUUCGUGACGAAGUUGGGGAAGAGAUGAUCAGACAAGGUCGUCACAAACUCUACAAAUGGCUUGUGCAGAAAACUGAUCCUGUAUGCAGCGACUGAAAUAUUAGUAUAACAUAGUUUCACAUCACACUAAAACAUAUUUAUCUAUUAUCAGCAGUUUUCUUAUCCAUAUCUUAUUCUAAUUAUAUAAAAUUAAAACAAUAAAAAUAUGGAUCCAAAUUCACACUCAUUCAGGGUGUCUAUGAGAAUG